AGGCCCAGAACGCCGGUCCCGUACCUUGCUGCCAGGGCAGCUGGGCUCAGCACUAGGGAAUCAGUCCGGGAUCAUUGAGGCCAGCCUGGGCGGUGCUGCAGCGCUCUGAACCCUCUCAGGUGCUUUAAAAAGCUGCUUGGGCAGAGACACCAGCUGUAGGUGUUGGUUAUGGCUGCAGUGUAUCAAGCACUGCACAGGAGAGUUUCCUCCCUUGCCUGCAGGUUGCACUCCACCUAUGUGAGAAAAAUGAGAUACUUAAAUCAGUUAAAGGAAGAUGACAGCCUUUGUAGACAAGCUCAGACCUCAGGAACUUUCUACCUCUUUCACAAUCUCUCCCCCUUCCUGCAGAAAGUUGGGAAGAAAUAUUUGGUACCACAGCUCAGUGCAGCAGAGACGAGACAGAUUCUGGGGAAGCUGCAGGAGGCCGAGCAGUGGAUGGAGAAGUCGGUGCUGAUCGGAUGUUCGGACGAGCACAGGCCGCACUUCGCGCUGGAUUUAGGAGCCUUGGAUAAAUCAGUCAUUGAGGCAGAACUGCAGGGAUCAUUUACUGACCUACGGAAAGCUCUCUUUGUCGUGGACAGGAAGGAUUCUCCUUUGCUGGCUUCAGCCCAGUCCCUCCUGCGGUGGCACGAUUCCCACCAGUACUGCAGCAGAACUGGGCAGCCCACUGAGAAGAACCCAGCUGGCAGCAAACGUGUCUGCCACGCCAGUGGAGUCACCUACUACCCUCAGGUGUCUCCAGUGGUCAUCACCCUGGUGUCUGAUGGGAGCCGCUGCCUCCUGGCCCGACAGCCCUCGUUUCCCCCGGGGAUGUUCACAGCUCUGUCAGGCUUCUGUGACAUGGGUGAGAACGUGGAGGAGGCAGUGCGGCGAGAAGUGGCCGAAGAGGUGGGGCUGGAGGUGGAGUCGCUCCGCUACUCGGCGUCCCAGCACUGGCCCUUCCCCAGCAGCUCCUUAAUGAUUGCCUGCCACGCCCUGGUGGGAGCGCAGCGGGCGGAGAUCAGUCUGGACACCCUGGAGCUGGAGGAAGCCCGUUGGUUUGGCCUGGAGGAAAUUGUGGAGGGUCUCAAGAGGGAGCCCAGCUCUUCCAAGCAAGAUGAUGGCAGUUUUUUACCGUGGUUCCCUCCCAAACAGGCCAUUGCUCACCAGCUGAUCCGUGAGUGGCUUCAGCAGCAGAGUGCCCAGACAGCUUAGGCAGGGCUUUAUCCACUCUGUGAUUCCAGAACUGUCAAAGCUCCACAGAAAAGAUUCCAAAGCUCCUGGAGGCAAGGGCUCUGUCACAGCGAGGGCAGCACUCAAGACACACUGACCUACAAAGGUCUCUGAACUGGUCUGACAGGCCCAUGUACAGUGGAUCACCUCUGAGAUACCUUGGUUUGAAGUAAAUGUACAAUAAAAUUCUUAGUUCCAAAGCAUCCAACUUGUUGUGACCAGCUGUCACUGACCCCAAGGCACCAAUGCCCCAUUUUCAUCCAUUUUUUCUGUCUUGGGUGGACAUUGAAUGCACCCUUUUUCUCAGAACAAAAAUAAAGGGAGAGUGGCACUUUC